AUGGAUGCUGUGAUUAGUGCUCCGGUUCGAGCUACACUGGGGAAAUUGCUUGAUCUCGCCACUUCAGAGUUGAGUCUGGUGUGGGGUUUCAAGGAAGACUUAAAAUCGUUAGACGAAUGGUUCAACAUCAUGAGUCCUUUCUUAGUAGAUGCUGAGAAACGCGAAUUUACCGAUGAGGCUGUCAAACGCUGGCUCAAGGAGCUUCGAGAUAUUACUUACGAUGCUGAUCAUGUCUUGGAUGAGGUCAACUAUGAAAAAAUGUGUCGUAUGGUGGAUAUCCAGGAUCAGACUAAGAUAAUGGCGUGCUUAAACAUCUUUUGCUUUAUCCCCCCUUUGGUGUUCCAAUGGAGAAUGGCUCGCAGGAUCAAAUCCAUCAACGUCAACUUGAAAAUGUUCGCAGAGAAAGCUAAUACCUUGGGCCUCCAGAAUGUUGCGAGUUAUCCUCUCAUUGUUCCUCUGGUCAUGGAAACUGAUAGCAUAACUUUUGAUUCAAAUGUCGUCGGAAGACAAGGUGAUGAAGCAGAAAUUUUGAAGCUGAUAACCAACACAAACGACGCAGUUAUUGCAGUCCUUCCCAUAGUUGGAAUGGGAGGGCUUGGCAAGACAACUCUAGCUCGGUCGGUCUUCAAAAUUGAGGACACUGAGAGUCAUUUUGGCGAAAAGAUUUGGGCGGCAUAUCAAUAUGGUAGCCUCCAGGUUUGA